AUGGGUCUCUCCAGCGAAGCUGUGAACAAACUGCAGAGUGCGUUCAAUGAUGCCUGCGCCGACCGAGACAAGGGCCUCCCCGGAGUCGUAGGAGUCGCCGUAGGGAGGGAUGGCAAGGAAUUGUUUGCCCAUGCUGCGGGCAAGCGAGGCUUUGGUUCUGAAGAGCCCAUGACCCUCGACAACAUCUUCUGGAUCGCUUCGUGCACCAAGAUGAUCACGGGUGUUGCCUGCAUGCAGCUCGUGGAGCAAGGAAAGCUGUCCCUGGACGAUGCCGCGCAGACAGAAUCUCUGUGUCCAGAACUCAAAGACCUGCAGGUGCUUCAAUCCGAUGGAAAGCUCGUGGCCAAGAAGCGAGGAAUCACGCUCAGGAUGCUGCUCACGCACACAGCUGGAUUCGGCUACACCUUUUUCAACAAUGAACUUCGCGACCACAGCAAGCCGAUCGGGUAUGACGAGUUUUCGGGCCACCUGAGCGACAUCAUCCAACCUCUUGUGUUCCAGCCUGGGGAGGGGUGGCAGUACGGGGUGGGCAUUGACUUUGCAGGUUUUUGCGUCGAGCGGGCGACGGGCCUGUCGCUCAACCAGUACUUCCAGAAGAACAUCUUCCAACCCUUGGGUCUGAAAAACAUUUCCAUGUUCCCCAACGGGCAGAUGAAGGACCGGUUGGCCUACAUGAACUCCCGCGCGCCCGAUGGCAAACUCAGUCCGCGAGAUCAUCUUCUGCAUCGCCCCUUGGUGGUGGCGACGCAAGAAGAGAUCGACUCCUGCGUGAACAGCGGAGGCGCAGGAUGCUUCGCCAAACCCCAAGAGUACUGCCAGAUCCUCGCCACCUUGCUCAACGACGGCAAAUCUCCCAAGACUGGAGCCCAGAUCCUGCAAAAGGCCACCGUCGAUUCCAUGUUCCAGAACCAAAUCUCCCAAUUUCCGGACUUCGGCAGACAGGGAAUCCCUCCGGCAAAGCCGGAUCUCACCAACGAGAUCCCGGAUCUGUAUCCCGGCAAAAGUCAAGGCUGGGGCUUGACCUUCAUGAUCUCGGACGGGCCCACCGGGAGGUCCAACGGCACUGGUCAUUGGGCCGGCUUGCCCAACUUGUUCUGGUGGUGUGACCGAGAAAAGGGUGUGGCGGGUAUCAUCGCCUCACAGGUCCUACCUUUUGCCGAUGCACAGGUUUUGGGCUUGUGGGUUAAUUUUGAAUCUGGGGUGUACAGUGGGCUGCUUCAGUGA